CAUCCGCCCGCCCUUACACCUGGAAGAGGAGCUCCCCCACAGCAGAGCACUUGCCGCCCAGCCACGCCCGCUCGCCAGCCACCAUGCUAGGUAGCAAGCGACUGGGGCUGUCCGGACUGACCCUCGCCCUGUCCCUGCUCGUGUGCUUGGGUGCGCUGGCCGAGGCUUACCCCUCUAAGCCGGACAACCCGGGAGAGGACGCUCCAGCGGAGGACAUGGCCAGAUACUACUCGGCUCUGCGACACUACAUCAACCUCAUCACUAGGCAGAGAUAUGGAAAACGGUCUAGCCCUGAGACACUGAUUUCAGACCUCUUAAUGAGAGAAAGCACAGAAAAUGUCCCCAGAACUAGGCUUGAAGACCCUUCUAUGUGGUGAUGGGAAACAACACUUGCUCUCCAAGCUUUUCCUAUUUUCAACCAUAUUUCAUUCUGUAAGACCAGAUUCCACCUGUCCUACCUGAGCAUGCAGCCAUUGUGCUGGAUUCUGCCAUGUUUUCCUUUGUCAUCAUUGUAUAUAUGUGCAUUUAAAUAAAGCACCAUGCA